UACAAGAGGCAGGGAUAUGUAGAUGACAGCGCGGUGAUUGCCGGCUCUAGUGUAUUUUCCGCGCCGGAGACUUCCCUGCGGAAAUGCAGAAGAUGUCUCGGGCUAUUCAUCUUCCAGUCCCCUGUCCUGUUCAGCUUGGUACCUUAAGAAAUGACUCCUUGGAAGCUCAGCUUCAUGAAUAUGUCAAACAAGGGAACUAUGUGAAAGUGAAGAAAAUUCUUAAGAAAGGAAUUUAUGUUGAUGCAGUUAACUCCCUGGGCCAGACGGCACUUUUUGUUGCGGCAUUAUUAGGGCUUACAAAAUUAGUAGAUGUUCUGGUGGAUUAUGGAUCAGACCCAAAUCACCGCUGCUUUGAUGGGAGCACCCCUGUCCAUGCAGCAGCAUUUUCAGGCAAUCAGUGGAUUCUCAGCAAACUGCUGGAUGCCGGAGGUGACCUGCGACUCCAUGAUCAGAAGGGUCGAAACCCGCAGACCUGGGCCUUGACAGCAGGAAAGGAGCGUAGCACCCCGAUGGUCGAGUUCAUGCAGCGCUGCGCCUCGCACAUGCAGGCCAUCAUCCAGGGCUUCUCUUAUGACCUGCUGAAGAAGAUAGACUCCCCGCAGCGGCUCAUCUGCAGCCCACCCUGGUUUGGGGGCCUCAUGCAGGGAAACCCUAAUGGUUCUCCUAACCGACUGCUCAAAGCUGGAGUCAUUUCUGCCCAAAAUAUCUACAGCUUUGGCUUUGGAAAGUUUUACCUCACAGGGGGGACGCAGCUUGCCUAUCUAGGAUCUCUUCCGGUCAUUGGAGAAAAGGAAGUGAUUCAAGCUGACGAUGAGCCUACCUUCUCCUUCUUCAGUGGCCCCCACAUGGUCAUGACCAACCUGGUGUGGAAUGGAAGCAGGGUCACAGUGAAAGAGCUGAAUCUCCCCACCCACCCACACUGCAGCAGGCUGCGGCUGGCUGACUUGUUAAUUGCUGAGCAGGAACAUAGCAGCAAGCUACGGCACCCACACCUGCUGCAGCUGAUGGCUGUGUGCCUGUCUCAGGACCUGGAGCAAACCCGCCUCGUGUACGAGCGUGUCACUGUGGGCACACUGUUCAGCAUCCUCCAUGAACGACGGUCCCAGUUCCCGAUGCUGCACAUGGAGGUCAUUGUGCACCUACUGCUCCAGAUCUCUGAUGCCCUGAGAUACCUGCAUUCUCGGGGGUUUAUCCAUCGCUCCCUCAGCUCUUAUGCUGUCCACAUCGUCUCCCCAGGGGAAGCAAGGCUGACCAACCUGGAGUACAUGAUGGAAAGCCGGGACGGAGGUGUACACAGGGACCUGACUCGAGUACCCCUCCCUGCCCAGCUGUACAACUGGGCUGCACCGGAGGUGAUCUUACAGAAGGCAGCCGCAGUGAAGUCGGACAUCUACAGCUUUUCUGUGAUGAUACAGGAGAUUUUAACAGACAACAUACCCUGGAAUGGCUUAGACGGCUCAGUUAUUAAAGAAGCUAUAGUCUUGGGAAAUUAUUUAGAAGCUGAUGUGAGGCUUCCAAAACCUUACUAUGAUAUCGUUAAGUCAGGCCUCCAGGUCAAGCAGAAAGACCGAACUAUGAACCUUCAAGAUAUCCGGUAUAUUCUGAAGAAUGACUUAAAGGAUUUUAUUGAAGCCCAGAGGACUCAGCCAACGGAGAGCUCCAGGGUGCAGAGAUAUGAACUCCAUCCUGAUGUCAGUGUCUAUCUAGGACUGACUUCAGAACAUCCAAAAGAGACCCCUGACUUGGAAAUCAAAGAGCUAAAGGAAACGGGCAGUCAACUUCAUUCACCAAGGAGUCACUUUUCUCCCACUGAGGAGAAAAGAACACCAGAUCCUCAGGCCCCAGGUCCCAGUCUGAGUGCCAAGGAGACUCAGAAUCACGACACUCCUGAUCCAUUUGUGGCAGAAGAGGCCAGCAGCCCCAGCGUAGGUCAGGCAAGCCUCUAUAGCUUCGAAAUCAAUGAAAUCUACUCAGGCUGCCUGAACUUGGAAGAUGACAAAGAGGAAGAGCCUCCAGGAGCUGCUUCAUCUCUUGAGGGGAAUAGACCAAACCAGGCAGAUGAACUAAAAUCCAUGGAAGAAGAGUUGGAUAAGAUGGAGAGAGAGGCCUGCUGUUUUUGUGAUGAGCAUGAGAGCUCUUCAGAAGCUGACACAGUGCUCUCCUUUGAGGACUGGGACUGGCAAAAUGCUUCACUUGGUUCACUCAGCCUGGCUGAACCAACCAGAGAGGACAAGGGCAAUGUGAGCAACAGGUCCAUGACUGAGGAGUACAUCAGUAAAUGUGUGCUCAAUCUAAAGAUUGCACAGACAUUAAUGCACCAGAAUGCCAGUUUGCUGAGAAAUACCCAACAGAAAAUAGAUAAGCUUGAAAUGAUACAGAAGGAGCAGGAAGAGCGCACGUCCUUGUGGGCUACUUCAAGAGAGUUUGCAAACGUCUACAACUUGCCUUCAGCCAUGGGUCCUCCAGCUUCGAGUUAUAAUCCUCCUGUCGUGCAGCAAUUGGGGGGCCAACAGCCAGAUAACAGAGGCAACUGCCCAACCCUAGAAAGGUUUCCAAGAAUAGUCAAAGACUUUCAAGGAGGACAUUUUGGCAAAAGGUCCAGGAAAAAAAGUGGUUGUGACUGGAAACCUUUCAUCCAAGUCUCCGAAGAAAGCACAAGGGAGCGAUCAGAGACGGCCCAUCAGCUGUUGACUCUUUGUGGCCCUGGAAAACAGAACAUGGGUAAACAAUUUCAGCCUGCUCAAGGAGCCAAGGAUAGUUUGGAAAGAAGCAGGAACCAAAAUACCAGUAGCCAAGGAAGACCUAGAGAGUUCAGCACUCAAGCCAAAGUCACACAGCGAAAUAGUGCACUCUUCACUGUUUCAAGCCACCAGCAGGGACUGCCUGGGUCACACAGCCCUCACCAGGAUGCUACCACGAUCAGCAUGGAAUCUGUGUCUUCUGAAAUCUAUAAUGCAAAGUCAAGAAAUAAUAAAGAUGAUGGAGAAGUACACUUAAAAUGGAAAAUGGAAGUGAGAGAAAUGGCAGAGAAAGCAGCUACUGGGCAGCUCACAGUUCCUCCUUGGCAUCCUCAGAGUAGUUUGGCUUUAGAGAGUGAGGCUGAAAAUGAGCCUAAUCCCCUGCUGCAGCCCCCCAUUAGAGGCUCUGAGAACAUGGAUUGGCAGCAAGUUGUAGAGUAUCGCAGGGAAGAUGACCCAGGAGGAAAUGACAAGUUUGACAAAACAGACAACAGUGACGGUGCCCGUGACCUGUGUGGAAGACAGCCUGGGCCUCGAAGCUUCACAAGUAUCAGGCACCUGUCCCCGAGAGAAAAUGAGCAACCAGAGCAUAAUGAAGCCUUUCAAGCAAGUUCUGAUGCAUGUGUGCUCAUUGAGAAAUCUUACAGUGAUCAGUCCAUGCAAUCAACUUGUUCACCUGAGUCUUCUGAGGACAUAACAGAUGAAUUUUUAACUCCAGACCAUGAAUAUUUUUACUCCACAACUGCUCAAGAAAACUUAGCUCUAGAGACCUCAAGUCCCAUAGAACAGGACUUUGAAGGAAUACAAAGUGCAUUUGCGCAGCCUCAAGCCUCUGGUGAGGAAAAGUUCCAAGUGACAAAAAUUCUUGGAAAGAAUGCUGAGAUUUUGACCCGGUCUAACUUUCAACCUAUACAAAGUGCUGAAGGUGAACAAGAAGAGACAUUAAAGGAGUCACCAAAGGAACUGAAAGAGAAAGACAUAUCAUUGACAGAUAUUCAAGACCUGUCUAGUAUUUCCUGUGAACAAGACAGUUCUUUUAAGGAAACCUCAUGCAAAACACCCAAAAUAAACCAUGCACCUACUAGUGUCAGCACUCCCCUCAGUCCAGGGUCAAUGUCUUCAGCUACCAGUCGCUAUAAAGACUGCCUUGAAAGUAUCACAUUUCAGGUUAAAACAGGGUCUACGUCUUACAGGGACAGUCAAGAAUCUAUUCCAACUUUGUCUGAUAAAUUUACAACUGUCCAAGAGAAAGCAAAGAGCCUGGAUUCUCUCCUUACUUCCUCUGUAACUCCUCCUUCAAGACUGACUGAUCUCAAAAGAUUGUCUUCAUUUACUGGGGCUGGUUCCUCCAACAUUGCUAAAGCGUCUGACAUAUCACCCCAAACCACCCAGAGAAGGAGCCUGCCUAAAGAACUAGUAGAAGCCAUCUCACAACAUCUCAUUGAUGAGCUACCACCACCAUCUCAGGAGCUACUUGACGAAAUUGAGCACUUGAAGCAGCAGCAGGCCUCAUCCACAGUGUUGGAUGAGUACACAGCAGGUGAUCCCAGCAUCACUCCAAAUGAUAAAAGGCACUUAGAAGAACAAGAAACUGAUGGUAAUAAAGAAGAUAGUAUACUUUGGACCAAAGAAACUCAGGAUCUAGGAGAGGACACAGAGAGAGCUCACUCUUCUUUGGAUGAGGACCUGGAAAGAUGGCUGCAGCCACCUGAGGAGAGCAUGGAGCUACCGGACCUCGCCAAGAGCUCUCCAAGGGAAACAAAUACCAAGGAUCAAGAAGUUGGUGAAAAGAAGAUAAAAAGGGAAGAAAGCAUCAAGCCAGAGAGAAGGAAAUCAGAGAGCUUUUUAGGGACUUCUGAAGAAGAUGAACUAAAACCCUGCUUUUGGAAGCGACUGGGUUGGUCUGAACCAUCCAGGAUAAUCGUGCUGGAUCAGAGUGACUUGUCAGACUGACUGGAAUUGGAUCGUAGAUGGACUCCUGGCCUGGCUUUGAGUGUCCUGGUUGUGAGCUCCUUUCUUUGUCUGCUUCAGUUGCCAUCAGGGCAGCAGUUCCAGGUCUUAACUCUCGCUAUUCCGCCACCACAGCAGACAUAAUGGUUUGGCCUCAUUUGUUGGCAGCACAUUCAACCAUUUUCCGUCAGGUUUCUGAAAACUCAAAGGUCUGUGAUUGUAAACAUUUUUUGUUGUGCCUAGAAUGGCUUUUGGUUUUGUUUUAAGUCCUGUUAUAUAAUAAAAUGUUU